GACUUCCGGUUCGGCAGCGUCACUUCCUCCCAGCGCUGCCCGUUGCCUGGUAACCGACACCCGGUCUCUCCUGGUGGUUCAGGAACAACGUGUUUUCGAACCGGAGCCCUUUGACGGAAGUGAUGGACUCUCACCGGACAAACGUCCUGGUGACGUCGUGUCUGAAGACGCCGGUGGACCCGCUCACGAAGGCGCCGCUGGCGUCGUACGAGCGGGACCGAGCGCUGCCCUGCGCGGCCUCGGGACACCGGGACACCCGGGACUACCGGGACUACCGGGACCACGAGGCGGAGCUGGAGUACGAGGACUCGGGCUCUGACUUCUGUGACGAUGAUCGUCUGGGGAACGGCGGCCCUCUCAUGAUGAACAGCUACAUGGCGUCGGGAGAACGCCUCGACCUGAGCGGCAUCUUCUUCUCCAACGAGGAGUAUUACAGCAAGCUGGAGGAGCUGAAGAAGGCCCACCUCCGCACCAUGGCCGAGCUGGAGAGCAUGUACCGACGGAAGCUGCAGCUCAAGUUCAUGGAGCCUUUAGACCUGACAGCGCUGGAGGGGGGGCACAGGCUUCCGUGGUCAAACAGCAGCCCAGCAGCUUCACACCGACUGAGAAAGUCCCACUCUGCCGUUGAACUCAGGAGGAGUUCAGGACACUUGGACUCGUCAGACGAGGAUGAAGAAGUCAGCAACGAUGUGGAGAAAGGCCUGCUCUUCUCUCCCAAGGAACACAUCAAGAACAUGUGGAGGGACUUCAAGCUGUCACCAAACACUCGUCACCAGACGUCCUCCUCGCUCCAGAGUCUGCCGGGAGACCAGAAGAGAUCAGGAAAGAGAAAAGGCAAGAAGAGGGAGACCUGGAAACACAGGGUGACAAUCCCGAAACCUUUCCACAUGACCCUGCGUGAUGCUGAGAGACAAAAGCGUGGCAUAAAGACGCGCACAGAGAUCGAGCUGGAGAACGCAGAGCUGCGGCGGCAGCUAGAAGAGCUGACAGAGUGCCAGAGGAAGUUCCGCGCCAGCCCCGUACCUGCACACGUUCACCUCCCGCUCUAUGAAGAGCUGCAGGAGCAGAAGGACGAGCGGCAGAGAAACAAGCGAGAGCGAGAAGAGCAGCACCUCCGAACCAUCCAGAAACCUUUCAGCUUCCUGGAGAGGGAGCGACUAAAGAAGGAGCAGAAACAGCUGCGUCUCCCACAAGCAUCCGACCAGGACAGAGUCAAGCCCUUCAAGGCCAAGCCUGUGCCCAAGGCCGUGUACGCCGCAGCGUCAGGGGAGCUGAUGAAGGAUGAGCAGCUGUAUCGCUCCAUCAAGAUGCAGAUGAGAGCUCAGGAGCUGCUCCAUGGGGCCUCGAUGCCUCCCAGCAUGCUUUCACGACGACUCAGCGAACGGAAGAAGACCAAAGACGGCAGCGACGCAGCCGGAGGGGUCAGCAGCUUCCCCCACAGACCCCAGAUCAACAAAGAGGUGCCUGACUUUGACGCCAGCUACAGACGCUUCCAGAAACACCUGGAGAAACGAAAGGAGGUGAAGCCCACGACCGCAUGUGAACCCUUCCAUCUGAAGACGUCGCAGAUCCCCUCGCACCGCGAACGCAUCCUGGCUGACAUUGAGAAGGAGCAGAGCAGCCCUCGGACGCGGCGCUGGCCAUACAUUAGCUCCGCUGCGACUCGGACACCAAACUCGAGCCUCUGUUCAUCUCUCUCCGGCAGCCUGGAGCUCCUGCCUACCAAAGUCACAGAUGCCACCAAAAAGCGCCAUGAGGCCGUGAGAAAGGUGCUGGAGCAGAGGAGGAAGGCCAGCGAGGAGGAGGAGCAGUGGAAGGAGAAGCAGAAGCAGAGGGAGAGGAAGCUGCAGAGGGUGGUGUUGAAGCGAGCCCAGGCCAACGACCCCCACAUGGCGCUGUCACAGACCCACCAGACCAAACUCACAGAAUUCAGGAAACGAGACCUCCAGCGCAGGAAGGAGUACCAGCAGGAGAUCCAGGAGAUGCAGCAGCGAGUGAAGGGGAGGCCGCUGCUGCUGGAGCAGGUUGCACAGAGGAACGCCAAGCAGGCGGCAGAGAAGCGCUACACAGACGCCGUGCACGGAUGUGAAGUGACUGAGGAGUUCAUCUGCAGCAAAGCAGCCAAACCAGGACCUGCCCGCAGCGCCUCCCAGUCCAGUGACAGCAAACACAGUGACCAGGAGGACGCAGACAUGGGAUAUCAACCUGUCCGCUACAGGAAAGUCUUCCUGGACGACGAAGAUGUGGAAGAGCCCAGCGAGAGGGGGAGAGGGAGGGAGGACAAGGACAGUGACGAGGCCUCAUCAAACCGCCACAAUGGAGACGACCCCGGCGGUCACCGCUCAGCUGAGGGCGACCGUGGAGAUGAUCAACACGGUUCUGAUGACAGUUACCACUACUCUGACGACCAUGAGAAUUACUCAGACGACAGCGAGAGUAACACUCGACAGCCCGAAGCCACAGAAUGAUGUCAACAAACCUUUCAAACCUGAGGGAGAAACCGAGCAUGACUGAAGGCACAGAGCGACGAGGAGGAAGCUUCUCCUUCCUGGAAUGAUGACAUAAUCUGUCGUAUUUAGGGAAGUGAUAUCUGGUGUGUGAUUCGUUGCAGCUUCAUUGAAUUUAACGGGAGUGUUGGACCCUGGCGGAGGUUUGAGGGUCAGGGUUACACACAUUAAAUACAUUUGCAUUAUUGAAACGUUUUGGGCAUUAAAUGUGAAGUGAGGAUACUUUCAAAAUAAAGCUAUGGCUGUUUUUUUAUUUAUCAAUAAUCUAAACAAAGCACAAAAUUAAAAAUCUAAUCAGUAUUUGCUGAAAGACCCUUUUCUGUAAAACACCAGUUCUCUUGCACAGCUGCCCCCUCCCUCUGGAACCGUCGACUCCGAGCCUGCACUGAACUGUCCAGUGUCAAACCUUCACUACUCAAAACCCACCUUCUCAAACUGCUUUAGAUGUUUGAUUGUGACGAGUAUGAUGUGUAUGUUAUAUUUAUAGUUCUUCAUUUGGAUCUGCUUUCUGUUUUGUUGUUAUGCUGUGAGGUGUCUUUGAGAAGUGUUCAAAGUGCUCUAUAAACAAAACUAAUUAAGAUAAGCUGCACCGAGGUGGAUCCUCCGUGUGAGGACAUUCACAAUUGACAGAGCAGCACGAGGAAGAAGCAGUGCAAGGGGACAAUGUAGUAAAAGUAAGAAUAUAAAUACUACAUAUAAUAAAAGUAGAAAUAUUGAAAUAUAGACAUGGCUGUUCCUCUAAAUGUGCAAUAUAAAGAUAGAGAUAAAGGCUGUGUAUUGGGAAAUGUGUCUUUACGAGAUGUGGAGCAGGUCUUUCUUGAUUUGUGUAUUUUAGUGUUUGGACGGGGGGUGCUGUGGCGUUGUGCAGUUUAUUAUUAUAUAGUUUUGUUAUUACGAUCAAUAAUAAUUAUAAUAAACGUUUGCACUGUGCAGUUCGUGACCUCACAGAAAUGGACUCAGAUUAAUUGCAAAUAAAUUGUUUUUGAGUCAU